UUCAAUUUGAGCGCAGGCAUCUUCAUCGCAGUCCGACUGAAACCAGCUCUCCCAACGUCGACCGAACGAAUUCCACCCCAACCGCCACGAUGUUGAUUCCCAAGGCCGACCGCAAGAAGAUCCACGAGUACCUCUUCCGUGAGGGCGUGCUCGUCGCUCCCAAGGAGUUCAACCUGCCCAAGCACCCCGAGAUCGACACCAAGAACCUGUUCGUCAUCAAGGCGUGCCAGUCGCUCACCUCCCGCGGCUAUGUCAAGACCCAGUUCUCCUGGCAAUGGUACUACUACACCCUGACCCCCGAGGGUCUCGACUACCUCCGCGAGUGGCUGCACCUGCCCGCCGAGAUUGUUCCCGCUACGCACAUCAAGUCGCAGCGCACCCACGCUCCUCCCCGCGGCAUGCUCGGCGAGGGUGAGCGUGAGAGGAGGCCUUUCGGCCGUGGACGUGGUGGUGACCGUGGCGACCGCGAGGGUGGCUACCGUCGCCGGGAUGCUGGUGAGGGCAAGGAGGGUGCUGGUGCUCCUGGCGGUUACGCCCCUGAGUUGUAAGUCUCAGCCCAGUUGGCAGCUGACUCUUGUGGACUUGGAUGCUAAUCUUCACACAGCCGUGGUGGUUUCGGACGUGGUGGUGGCCGCGGCGGCGCUCCCCCUUCGUAAGCCGAUCGGAAUUACGCAUACCCACUCAUCACUCUCACGAUACAUGGCGCAAGGAUUAUGGCGACAUGUACUCUAAACAUGGAGGGAAAAUAAAAGCACAAUGAUCGAGCCUGGGCUCGCAUGUGGAUGAUCGGUUACGUGGGGUUUCACCGUGGGAGUUAAGGAGGUCACAGAGCCCUCGGACAUGGUUUGCAUUAGGGUUCACGUUUGCUCUCAACACUUUAUGAAAUACCUGAGUCUGCGUGAUUAUGUGAUGUUUAUGGGUAAUUCAGGUGAAUUGCUAAGUAGUUCGGAUUACCCUGGCCCUACCCUGU